UCUCCCUUUUUAAUAUGAGAAUUCGAAAGCAGUGGGGAAGUGAUGUUGGACCUAUCACAGCAUUGCUAACAGACAGCCUAUUACAGUAUUUAAUAAAAACAGAAACAGCAUGCCUAUCAUAGGCUAAUAAAUCCUAUCUCCUGCAUGCUUUAAAAACAGUAUGAAGCAGCUUUCACGGAGCCUCAGAUAACUAAUUUCAAGCAUGGCUGUCUAGCGUGCCUGUCACUCCUAUUGUCCUUCCAAACUCUUUCAGACAUUUUGAGCAGGGAGUAUUAAAGCUAUGAGUUAGCAAGGGUUGUGACAUUAAUGGUCCAGAAAAGCUUUAGGCACGAGCGGUAAUGAUGAUUACCGGUGGCUAUUCGGAGGACUACACUGGAUCGCUGUCAUUAAAAAUUAAGCGUGGCUUUUGAGGAAGAUGUGACAACUACCGGAGAAAUACACUCAAGGCAAAAUUUAGAGACCAAAGUGAAUGAGGAAAAAGAGCAUAGCUGCUUUCUAUCAGGAUCUGGCAAUGUCUUGUAGUUCGAAGACCUGCAGAAUCGAAACAAUGUCUUUUCGCCAUCCCUCUAGAAAUUCCACCAUAAAGAAAGGAGCCCCUGGACCACCAUCCUCUAAGAUGUUUAUAUGGACCAGUGGCCGGACCUCUUCAUCUUACAGACACGAUGAGAAAAGGCACUGGACAUAUGGCAGGAAAGGAAAGUAGAAACUAUGAGAGGGUGAGAAGAGGAUGGACAGAUCCAUGGAGACCUCAAAGUCCUUGGAAGAACAGCCUGGGAAAUAUUUACCAAAAAAUCAGAGACCACGACCUCCUGGACAAAAGAAAAACUGUCACAGCACUGAAAGCAGGAGAGGACCGGGCCAUUCUCCUAGGACUGGCCAUGAUGGUGUGCUCCAUCAUGAUGUACUUUCUGCUGGGGAUCACACUCCUGCGCUCAUACAUGCAGAGUGUGUGGACUGAAGAGUCUCAAUGCACCUUGCUGAAUGUGUCCAUCACGGAAACGUUUAAUUGCUCCUUCAGCUGUGGUCCAGACUGCUGGAAACUGUCUCAGUACCCCUGCCUCCAGGUAUACGUGAACCUGACUUCUUCAGGCGAAAAGCUCCUUCUCUACCACACUGAAGAGACGAUGAAAAUCAAUCAGAAGUGCUCCUAUAUACCUAAGUGUGGAAAAAAUUUUGAAGAAUCCAUGUCCCUGGUGAAUGUUGUCAUGGAAAAUUUCAGGAAGUACCAACACUUCUCCUGCUAUUCUGACCCAGAAGGAAACCAGAAGAGCGUCAUCCUAACCAAACUCUACAGUUCCAAUGUGCUGUUCCAUUCACUCUUCUGGCCAACUUGUAUGAUGGCUGGGGGCGUGGCGAUCGUUGCCAUGGUGAAACUCACACAGUACCUCUCCCUGCUCUGUGAGAGGAUCCAACGGAUCAAUAGAUAAAAGCAAAAUGGAUGAGAUCAUUUUCUUUAAAGCUCAAAUACUGUUUUCUUUCAUUCUUCACCAAAGAACCUUAAGUUUGUAAUGUGCAGUCUGUUAUGAGUUCCUUAAUAUAUUCUUAUAUGUAGAGCAAUAAUGCAAAAGCUGUCCUAUAUGCAAACAUGAUGUCUUUAUUAUUCAGGAGAAGAAAUAAGUGUUUUGUGUUGGUUGUUUCAUAAUCUUGUUUCAAUGCUGGAAUUAGAACUUCCUUCUCUCGUUCCGCCAAAAUAGGGCUCAGUUAUUCAUUUGCCAAGCUUUGUGGAGGAAUGUAGACAAUAUCAAUGUGAUAAGGUCUGUGUUCUGAGUUUUCAGAUCUCUUGAAGACAUUUCUGCAAUAUUGUUCAUCAUCCAUUGUUUACUAAAGCUACAGCCAAAAAUAUUUUUUCUUUUCCUACUCUAAAACUGAGCCCUGUAGCAAGUGAAGGGACCAGAUUUCCAAACUAAAGGAUGUCACACAUUUUCCUUGUAUUUCUACCAUAUCACUGUAAAAAAGGAGGGAAAUCUGACCAGCUAUUUUUCUUUUAUUACUUUCUAUUCAUAAUUCUAGAUUUUUUAACUGAUUUCCAAAAAAAUAAGCUGUUUUCAUUAACAAUUCUGUAAUCUCUUCUUGUGAUUUAAAUAGAAACUGAACAGAGCCCUUUUCCAUGUAAGACCCUGCUACUGUGUGAGGAGACAACAUUUAGAAGGAGUUUCAUUACCUGUGAACUGACUGAAUGUUGAGUAGAUGCUCCAUUACAAUCCAGGAAAGUCUACGUUAGUAAGAGAUUUGUGGGAAAAUCUUUAUUCCAUUUCAAUUGAACUGUUAGGUGGUAAAUCUAAGAUCCCAUUUGCUGGUCAAUUCUGGUAGACUGAGUUCAAUGGGUAAAUCUAUUGUGGCGAAUGAACGUGUUGGAAUAUUGCUCUUUGGGAAUUUGUGUUUGAGUUAAUGAUUGUAUAGUCUCUCUUUCUGAAAAGCGCCCCCUGUCGGGAUUUUAAAGCUAUGUGCACAGAG